AUGGCAAGACUCACUGAUGAUGCUGACUACGAUGCCGGCGAGACGUCUGAGAAUGUACCAAGUCCACGGUUCGACUCUAGAAAUGAUCAUGCACAAGAUCGAAGCCGUGCAAACAGCACAAAUAGCCCCUCUCCGGACGUUUCCAUCAAUUCUGCCGGUUCAUCUGACCUUCAUUUUGCCACAGUAACCGGAAGCCAGGCCGACUCUCGCACCACCCGACAGCGUGCACGAUUGCUGCUACGCCUUCGUGCUGCUUCUGUCAAUAAUAUACAAAGACGACCGGCUUCUGAAGCGCCGGCUGUAUCUGGAACUAGAGUGGUUGGCGGAGCCUGCACAGGUUCCAGUACUACUGUACUUCCUGAGAUUGACUCGAAUGGGACUGCUAGUGAAUUCAUUCAAAUUCAGCCUAAUUUCGCUCUUCUUGUUUAUCAAAACACAUUUAUUUCUUUUUUUCGAAUCCUAUUGGAUACUCCUUAUUUAAUAAUACUCAUUUGCAAUAUUCAUGGGUAA